GUUAUAUUCCUUUAAUACAUGGGUUUUUUUUUAAUCGAAUAUGCAUGUAUUCAAUAUGUAUGUGCGGUCGUUUUCAUUCAUGUUUGUCCCACCAGACUUUUAUUAUUACUAUUAUCAUUAAUAUUAUCAUUGUUACCAUGAUUUCAUUUCGUCAAAUAUUUCCAAACUUUCAAACGUGAAUUCACUUAUAACAAUCAAAUAUUGUUUAGUUGAAUUUCAACACAAUUAUUAUAUCCUAAUUAUUAAAACCUCGAAUUAAUCAUUCAGAUUAUUAUCCUCUCGUAUAUUUACCUAUAUACAAGUAUAACUCUAUCACAUUUAUAUCCAUCUAUAUUGAAUGAAAGUUGGGAAAAACAAAACGAUACCCAGUGAAUUGAUUACAAAUAAGUAUUCUAUUCAUAAAAAACAUAUUGAACUAUUGAAAUACAAAUUCUAUUGAUAACCUACCUAUUUUCAAAACAAACAAACAAACAAAUAAACGAGGCAUAAUUAAAACUAAUCGCUAAAAUAGUUGUUAUUAUUAUUAUUGCCAAUCAUUUAAUUUUUUCAAAAUAUAACACGAACAAAAAAAAAGAAGAAAAACAAAAAGAAAAAAGAGAAAAAAUAAUUAGCGAAAACUUUAUUUCUUCAUUGUAUCUAACUUAUUACUCGCUAGUUACUGAUAAAAGGAGAUUAAACAGAUAGUCUUUUCAACAACAACGACAACGACAACAACAACAAAAUAUACUAUUUACAAAGUACAUUUAUUUCAUUAUACAUUAUAAAUACUGGUGUUCUACUGAUUAAUCAAUAUCAUUCUUUUGGAUAAUAAGAAAGAUUUCCCAAAAUUCUAUUUUCCAUUUUUGAUUAAAUGCAAUUGAUAACAUAAAAAGAAAAAAAAUAGAAAAAAAGAAAGAAAAAAUGGGCAACAUUUUAGGAUCAAGAAAAAAAUUACCAAAAGAAGAUUUAGAAUUUUUAAGAACGAAUACAAAUUUUACAAAAAAACAAAUUAAACAAUGGUAUCGUGGAUUUAUAAGAGAUUGUCCUUCUGGUCAAUUAAGUAAAAAGAAAUUUAUUGAAGUCUAUUCUGGAUUUUUCCCUGAUGGUGAUGCUGAAGAAUUUUGUACACAUGUAUUUCGAACAUUCGAUAAAGAUAAUUCUGGAAAAAUUGAUUUUAAAGAAUUUCUAUUAGCAAUUAAUAUUACAUCAGGUGGUAAACCAGAAGAGAAACUUGAAUGGGCAUUUCAAAUGUAUGAUAUUAAUGGUAAUGGAACUAUUGAAAAGCAUGAAAUGGUUGAAAUUAUCAAAGCAAUUUACAGUAUGCUAGGUGCUGAUGAAUCAACUGUUGAUUUAAGUCCUGAAGCGCGUACAGAUGAAAUAUUUGAAAAAAUGGAUAGUAACUCUGAUGGAGUUUUAACAAGAGAAGAAUUUAUGGAUGGUUGUAUGGCAGAUAAACAACUUUAUUCUAUGUUACUCGCUGAUGAACCAGCUGAAUAGUUAAUAAUAAAUAAAUAAAAAAGCAAACUACACAAAAUGUCAAAAUGAAUCAAUCCAUUUUGUAUCCUUAACUACUAUUAUUGGAAAUCUUGUCAUGUUUUGCUUCUUUUUUAAAAACAAAUUUGUAAUUGUGCAUAUCUGUGUAUCUGUAUUGUUCGUAGAGAUAAAAAAAACCAACUUACAACUAAAACAUUAAUCAUUUUGAAGAAGAAAAAAAAACAACAGGAAACUAAACAAACAAUUAAUUGUAUUCGUAAAACAAAUCAACUAAUCAUGAAUGGGAAUGGUCAUUUCUCAAAUUGAUUUUCUUCUCAUUUUGGCAACAGUAUACAUCUUUUGUUCGUUAUUUUUUUCUGUUUUUUUAAAAAGACUCCUGUAUUCUCUAUCGACUGCUAACUUAUUAUACAUAAUUGAAAAAAUUGUAAAACACUACAUCCACCCCCUUUUUAUACGUAUAUAUAUAUAUAUAUAUAUACGUACUAUCAUCAAUAUCACUCACUUAAACCCAUUAUCACACUAUAAUAAUAUAUGGAAAUAUCCCUCAACUAGUACUUGAAAAAAGAAAUAUGAGAAAGGGGGUAAUACCAGUCUCUUUUUUUUCGUGAAAACAAAGAAACGUUUAAUUCUUGUUUCAGAAUAGAAAAAACAAAACAAAUGAAUGAUUGAUUGUUCUAUUAGUAGUAAUAGUAGUAGUAAUAAUAGUAGUAUAUGGUUUGUUUGUUUGUUAUUUUACUUUUGUAAAAAGAAUUCAAAAUGUUUCUAAAAAGUGCAUUGUAUAUUGUGAAAUAAUCAUACAUCUAUAUAAUAAUUAGUUUAUAAUACAAUCAACAGUAUAUUAAUUGUCAUAAAGAUUUUUCUAGUUACUUUUUAAAGUCUUAAUAAUAUAAACUACUAUUAUUAUUAUUAUUAUUAUUACUACUGUUAUGAAUUAAUAUCAGCAUUGUUUCGCUAUAACGCUUAUCAUUCAUGAGUAUAUCUUGUAACGAUCAUUAUUUAUUUAUUUCUAUAUAAAUAUAUUAGAUAAAUGCAAGUUUUGUGUACUAUGUAUGCCUCAAUGAUCAAUAAUAAUAAUAAUGAUAAUGAUUGAACCAUUGCUUUUCAAAAUUUGAUUCAGUAUCCAAGGUAUUUGUUGAUCUCUUUUCUUUAAUCUAAGAAUAUUAUUAUUAUUAUAUUAGGAGGAAGUUUUUUUUUGUUUGUUUCUAUAUUUGUAUGCAUAUAAUGAAAAUAUUUUAGGCCACAGAUACUAUUUAUAAAGUAAAUAGUUUGAAAAUGAAAAUAUCAAACAAACAAAAAAAAUAGAAAAAAAACCAAUUUAUUGAUUUUUUUUUGCUGUUUUGUUCAUCAUUUGUAAUAAAUUUCUUUCUUUCAUUUAAUAAAUUCGCUUAAAUCUGAUCGUAUCAAUCGAUAAUGAUUGCUGGAGAGGGGGGGGAGUUGAAUUUUCUUCUUCUUUUUUUUCUCUUUUUCUUAAUUUAAUGUUUAUAAAAUUCUUAAUAAUUUCCCCUUUAUUUAUUGAUUCAUUUAGAUGGUUACUCUUUAAUUAUGAUCGAAGACUUAAGCAUUUUUCAUACUUAAUAUUAAUAUAAAUAACCAUUGAUACUACUUCUACUACUGAUAUCUAUCUAUCUAUCUGUAUAUAUAUAUAUGUAUGUGUGUCUGUUUUGUUUCUUAGUCAUGAAUACAAUGAAUAUUGUUCAUUUGUUCUCCAUGUAUUUUUACCAUCUAUUAAACUUAUAUUCCAUAUUUUAUUUUCACUUUGUUUUUCUUUAUACACUUGGAGCCUUGUCUUCUAUUGUUCACUUAAUUAACUUAUGCAUUGUUUUAUUCCUUUUUUAUAGAAAGAGAAUCUAUAUUUGAAAGAAAAACAACAACAAUAAUAGCAACACCAAAUAAUGUUUUUUCUUGUUGUGUAAUUUCAUGUUUUGUUUAAAUAUAAUAAAUGAUAAGUAUAUAUAUAUAUAUAUAUAUAUAUAUAUAUAUACAUAUAGUUCAUUGAUGUGAUGAAUUAUUGUUCUAUGCAUUGUUUUCUGUAUACACAUACCUACAUAUAUAUAUAUAGAUAUACAUAGCAACAUAUAUACAUAUAUGUAUAUGCCGAUAUUGCUUUAUUACGUGAGUUAUAUGCGUUAUACAUAUAUAUAUAUAUACUGAUAUUGUUGCAUUACGUAAUUGAACGAUAUUCAUGCAUACUUGUAUAAUUUUUACUAACCUAUUAUAUAAAGAGAUGAAUUUUAGUUGUCAUGACAGAAAUGAUAAAUUUCUUUAAAAUAAGACAAUAGUUAUGUUGGUUAGUAUUACAUUAAUGUAUUACUAUUACUGUUAUUAUCUUACGUAUAUUGACAUUGAGUACAUGGGUGUAAUAGUUAUUUCUUUUUCCCGCCUCUUCUAUUUCUUCUUCACUUAUGUUCAUCUUAAAAAUAUUUAUGUUUACUGUCGCCAUAAGUAGAAUUCUUAUUCAGAACUAUCCAUUUUUAUCAUUAUUUUAUAAGGAUUUUAAAUGAUUCUCGAUCGUUAAUUACUAUCACUCACACUACUACUACUACUUCUACUACUAGUACUACUACUAUUACACUGCUUCUAUUAUUAUUAUUAUUAUUAUUAUUAUUAUUAGCAUUAGCAUUAUUAUUUCCACACAACCUUUUCAUUCCUUUCCUUUUCAUUGACAUUUUUUUCUUAACCAUUCUUGUCUUCAUUUUAUCUUACAAGUUAAAUAUUAUUAUUUGUUCAUUUUAUUAUUCAUAUUACAUAAUAAUUCUCUCAUUUCAAACUCACCUCUACUUAUACCGUCUAUAGUGUGAAUGAUAAUAUAUAGUACAUGUGAAUAUGCAUGACUGAAAAUGUAUGUAAACAUUUGCAUCUCUAUAGGUUCUAUGAACAAUAAUAAGAAUAAUAUCAUCAUUACAAAUAUUCUUCUUUCAUUGAAUCUUAAUUCAUUUCACUGAUCAUUGAAAAAUCAAUAAAAUAGAAUACAAUGAACCAUAGAUCAAAAUGAGAAGUUUAUUUCGGUAAAUAAAAAUAAACACCGUAAACACGUUAAUAAACUAUAUUAUAUAUUAUUUCAUUGAUUUAUUUCUCAUAUAUAUAUUCAGUUGUUAUAAAAUACAACAUUAUGUAUUGAAUAUUUGAUGAAGUUUUGUUCUUUGAGUUGAAUGGUUUGGAUCGCGGGACUUUUAUUAUUCUUCUGAAUGAUAUCAUCAGUAGACGUUUCAGGUUGAAGUGAAAUGUUUCACCUUGAUCAAGGUCUAUAGAACAAGUUGUGUGUGUUAUAUGUGAAUUGAAUUUGAACACUCCAUUUCUACUUGAAAUUUGUUGUACUGAUGAUAUUGUUCAAAAGAAUGAUGAAAGAUCCAUGAUUAAAUUAUCCAACGCAGAGAAUAAAACUCCACCAUUUUAUGUAUUAAAUGUUAAGUGAAUUCAUUUUGAAACUGUCUCAAAAUCAUUUGUAACUAUGGAAUGUUGUAGAGAUUAAUGAAUUGUGUAGUUUACGUUCCAUGAUUAAUUUUAGUUAGAUAAUCACUAGAAGCCAAGAAGUAAAAUGGAGUUGUUUCGCCAUAGCAUUGUACGUCAUAAAUGUAUAUCUACGACCACACCUAGGGUUGUAUCCAGGAUAUUUAAACCUCACAGUGACCUUUAAAUUAAUGAUGGCAAAACAAUAUUUUGAAAUGAUUGGAGAUUGAUUGUAUAAACAUAUUAAUGCCAGUCCAGUUAAGUGUAGACCUCGAGAACUGAAAUUCCUAGGUUCAAUCUUUUAAGGAAUAAUGGAUGUGCCCUCCUCAGAAACCUUACACUAGGAUGAAAUAGCUGUCAAAUACUUUCUCGUUUUCCAUAAUUAUAUAUGAUCAGCUAGUAAUAUAAACUAUGAAAUUAUCAUCACCACCGUGGUACUUGAAAGUGUUGUUUUCAAUCUAACGUGAAGACGUGUGAGUGUAGUGUCAAAGAGGAUAAUACGGAUAUUUCCAAAAUUUGCUGAAUUUACUUUUUGUGAAAGAAGUUUGAAUAUUUAUUGGAAAAACUACGUCAAUAAUAAUCUCGAGAUAAAACAGUCGAAGAGAGUAAGCGAGGAAUCCUGAACUUGAAUUUCGUUUUAGUUAACACUUAUCAGUAAGGUACAUCUGUAAACUUUAGGGGAUAGUUGCUUCCACUAGGACUAAAAGUUCAAUGCGAUAACACUUAACACUUUGAAGCUGCGUGACACAUGUUCGAAUCCUAGAGAAAGUAUCUACUGCUUUAAAAUCUCAUAUACGUCUUGCUGACGAAUGCUAACUAGCAUGAAAUCUAGACUGAGCAGGGUUUAUUGUAGACAACGUCCAAUCGCUUGACAUUAUAUCAAUCCAAAGUUUGAUAUGAUGAUUUGCUAAACAAACAAUUAUUGAUUUUGUAAUUGAUGAGCUGAAAGAUGAAUACAUCAGGUAAUGAGCUAUUAUUUCAUUCCUAAAUCGUAAAUUUAAAACUUUUGACUUAAAAUUCCUGGAGUUAGGAAUUGUUAUCCAUUUCAUAAACUAUUUUGAAUUUUAGGCAAAGAUGAAUAGUGGUUGGCAGUGGAAUUCAGGAUGCGUGUUUCGUCCUAUUUGGGAUUCUGGGAUGCAGGUACAUUCAGCUGAUUAGUCCCAAAUAGGAAACGCUGGUCCUCCAUUCCACUGCUAGUCACUAUCGAUCUUUGCUUAUAAAGCUUGUGAAUUCAGGUAAUAUCGAGGUAAUCCGCACAGUAUGCACAUAUACCAAUGAGAGACUGAUCAAUUGCAGUCCUAAAUAACAAUGGGAAGAUACAAGUAAAAAAACACCAAGUGCAUUUUAAAUUUUAAUUGAAAUUAAUUUGACAUAUGGUAUUAUUAUCAGUAUAAGGGCGUGGAGAUCGUUGAGUUUGAUUAAGAUCAUGAAUCGAUCAAUGCUUGAUCACCAUUGAAAACCUGGAAGGACUGGAUAACCAUUUCGUCCUAGUAUGGGACUCCUCAACAAUAUGCAUUGUUUAAAUGUCGAAUUCAAUAAACGAGCUUCACAACGCAUCAAAGAAAGAUUAAUUGAUAAAAUUCCCCAGAAAAAAAACUAGGAAUAAAUAUGUAACAUUUGAUCGUGUUAAAUAUUGUCGUUUCUGUUUUAUGAUUAUAUUUAGUUUUCAAGGGAGUUAACAUAGCAAAACUUGUUGUAAUAAAAAAAAAUGAACAGUAAUUCACUAUUUUUGUACAAAUUCCUUUCCAAUAUGCGCUGGUAUAACGAACGCACUAUUAAUUGGUUUUUCAAUGUAUAAAUAAACUAUAAAUUUACACUGAUAUAUAUGAUGUACGACAAUAAAAUAAUAUUAGUCGAGUAGUGAUGUUACUUAAUAAUGUUAUGAUUUUACAUUGACACCAUUGAACACCGCCUCAAUCGUCUAGAGGUUGAGCGAUCACGCGCGAGAUCAAAGGUCCUGGGUUCGAGUCCCGCAUGCGGAACCGUGAAUAUUCGCCGCUGAGGAGUCCCACACAAGGACGAAACGACCGUCUAGUGCUUCAAGGUUUUCCAUGGUGGUCUAGCUUUAAUUGACUCAUAAUUUCAACUACUGAAAUUUCUAAAAAAAAUCUCCACAAAACCCCCUCCAAUAAUAAUCAUCUGCUCAUUAGUGACUGACUUCAAGAGCCAUUUUCUGGAGUUCUAGUGAGAAGUCGUUACCAGUGAAGUUCAACCAGGUCUGUAGUGAGAUAUCAACUCACAGAAGACAAUGGUGUACGGUGGCGCAAUUCCGUGGAUUGAUCGAGGUUAGACAUUAACACCGUUGGAUGCCAUCCGGCUCAGUGGUCUAGAGGUUAAGCGUUCGAGCGCGAGACUCAUAGGUUCUGGGUUGGAAUCUCCUGAGGGACGGGAUCGUGGAUGUGCACUGCUGAGGAGUCCCAUACUAGGACGAAAUGGCCAUCCAAUGCUUCCACGUUUUCCAUGGUGAUUUAGUUUCAAUUGAUUCAUGAUUUCAACUAUUGAAAUUUCUAAAAAAAUUCUCCACAAAACCCUUCUAAGAAUAAUUAUUUGUAAACAAUUGGAAAUUCAAUUUUAUAACAGUUGCUUAAGAAUUAAUAGACGUUUAUUAAAACAAUGUAAAAAUUCAAAAAGGGGAAGAAAAUUAAGAAAUGUUUUACAAUUGAAUAACGUGAUACAAAGUCUAUAUGUAACUCACUCUCGUUUUGAUGGUUAUUGUAGACUGAGAGAGGUUGAACGAGCUUUUGUUUAGCGAAACGAUUAAGUUGAUGAAUGCAGAUUCCAACAGAUUCAACGGUAAGCAAAAGACUCACCCGUAAACCAUGAAUUAAAUUUCAUCGAAUACAAUGUAUAACAUUGAAAGCUUUAUUCAAGUCAAAUUGAUGUCCAGUAUUCACCAAGUGAACGAGAAUAAAACUCUUAACAAUAACCAAUAAGUUUUAAAUGAUUUAACAUCAUCUGUAAAUGGAGUCAUUUAAGCCUGUAUUUUGUCAAUCUAUAUGUGUGAUUUUGAAGUCUGUAUUUUCCAUUGCUUAGGCACUAAUAAUAAAUUGGAUGGGAAAAAAAAUCUGAAAUUAAAUACAUUUGAUUGAUCGAUUUGAAGCUGUCUUGUUGUUAGCUAAAUUGUAAAAGACUGAGUUUAUAAAGCGUUAGUAAGAGUGAUUCUAUCCUUUGCUUGUGUGACCUACUCUGCUUUGAGUUGAGGAUGUUCAGCGAUUGUAUGUACUCUGUUAUCGUAGUUUUCAACAUACCACUUAUGUUCGAUGGCAAUAUUAUCGUUCAGGACUUUGUGUUCAGUUCAACUUGUGUCAUCGAUUUCACUGUCUUAGUCAUGUUUUAUAAAUACCAUCUUACUAACUUCUACAUCAUGUAUAAAACUGUGGUAAAAAAAGAUAGAUGUAUGGGACAAGAGUCUGUCCAUCUGUUACGGUUCCUCGACUGGAACCCUAGAAGUUUUGUUACUUAUUGACUUGAGAAGUUACUAGACAUGUCUCAAUAGAAAUCAGCACCGAUCCUGUCGCAGGUUUCAAUUAAUUUCAUUACAGUAGUGAGAUGGACUUUUUUAACAAAACGAAGUUUUUAUUGAUUUUAAUGUUUAACUGAACUGCAUCUUCUAACUGUGUAUUGAUUUCUUUCAUUUAUUGUACUGUUUUUGUUCGCUUCAUUUCCUUUCAAUAUAAUCGACUCGUUUGUGUGAUGCAUUGUGUUUUGAUAUUCCAUUGUACCAGAACAAAUGUGUUUUAUGCAAAUCAAUAAAUAGUUUAGCUUUUAUAGUCUUUUCCAUUAACAUAUUAUUUACAUCUUUUAUGAAUGAUUUAUAAUAUUUAUUAAAUUUAUCGGUAACGUCACAGAUUGAAUCCGUUAAGGCGGCCUACUUGAAUAUCUGGGUCACCUAUUCCUGCCAUUUAGAUACUUCAACAUAUUAACUGUUUUUGUUCGUUUUAACACGUCAUUAUAUCUGUUAAUCGCAUAACCUAUUCAGGUGCAUUUAUGAAAAGUUUAUGACCUUUCGCUAUACAAGUUACAAAAAAGUACAAUCAGAGACAUCGGUGAUGGCUGGCAAUAUGUAUUGAAAAGAAUGAGCGUUAUUCAGAUAUCGAUUCUCGAACUGUUAACAUCUAACUGGCGAUCACUCGGUAUUUAUCAUCAGGAUCGAUCAAGAAAUAAGGGAAGGAAACAUGUUGAAAUAAUUUCUGAUGAAAACUCUAUAUUGGACCAAAAUUACAAUACGGAAUAAAGUCAUUAAUAAUAAUAAUAAAUAUAGUUAGGUUUUAGGUGUAAUCUUCGACUACUUGAGUAGAUAUAUGUGUCCACUGAAGAUAAAUUUCAACGUAUAGCAAAACAACAAUAGACUCUCUUCUGGUUCUCAGUAAGUGUAAAAUUAGUAUCAAUUCGUAAUGCAAAAUAUUCCUAAUCUACUGGCAGUGUAGCGAACAGAACACGGAUGGGGACAAACGAACGUCCUUAUCACACAAUUGCAGAAUUACUUGGUAAAAGAGGAAAAGCGUAUAGCAAACCGUUAAUUUGCAAAAUAUCAAUCCAUCAUAUCAAACCGGACUGUUCCUGUUGCAAACAUCAAUCCAAUGUCUCACAUUUCAUUGUUCAUGCGUUUUCUUACAAAUUGCAUCGUGUUUUCGAUCUUCCUUUUCUUGAUCUUCCCCCAUCUUCUGCUGCCAGACAUUACGUUUUUAACUUGCGUCAUACACUACUUGCAUCGAUAUAAGUAGCACUCACCAC